AUAGAUUCCACAAUGGACCGGCAGAAAGCUGUGUGGAUUAUCUUUGUGCUGUCGACUGCUUUAUCUGUGACUGCCGCCGUUUCAAGACCAAGGUGGUCUCCCUUCGCUCAACGGGCAUACUGUUCAUCACCUGGUGAAGUCCUCUGCAGCAGUGACUGUUCGCAGGUGCAGAUUUGUCUUGGCAACCUGGAAGAUGGAUACGAUCCUUGGCCAAUGAUAACGUGCAGUACGACCAAUGGAAUGAAAUGCAGUGCGGUCAACAGAACGUGCGUCCCAGCGGAGCAGUCUGAUUGUAAGUCAGCUGUGGAGCAAUUUCCAUGUAACGCCGUCGGAUCCUACCCUGACCCGUACGACUGUAAGAAGUAUCACGUCUGCCUUAACGUCGGAGAGCCGGCGGACCUGGGAUAUUGCCCUGGUACAGACGAAGCCUAUAACCCUCUCACAGCAGACUGCACCCUGACGACGUCAGACCGCGUCUGCACAGAAGGCCCCGUCAAGCCCUGCAAUAUGUCGCUCGAGGUGGGCGUCGUCCCAGAGAACCAAAACAUCUACUACGUCUGCAAGCCCAACGGGAACGGCCUCGACCCGGUAAUGUACCGGUGUCCCGCUGGAAUGGUUUUCAGUGUCACUCUUUAUUCCUGUGUAGAGCCCUCCAUAACACCAGAACCUACCCAAACGGGUGCACCACCAGUGACGCCUCCGUCAACGGCUGAAUCACCAGUGACGCCUCCGUCAACGGAUGCACCAACAGAGACGCCUCCGUCAACGGCUGCACCAACAGAGGCGCCUCCGUCAACGGCUGCACCAACGGAGACGCCUCCGUCAACGGCUGCACCAACAGAGACGCCUCCGUCAACAGCUGCACCAACAGAGGCGCCUCCGUCAACGGCUGCACCAACGGAGACGCCUCUGUCAACGGCUGCACCAACAGAGACGCCUCCGUCAACAGCUGUACCACCAGUGACAUCUACGUCUACUCAGUCUCCACCAUCACCAGGCGGCGUGUGCACUACGCCUGCAGAAUCCACGGCCAACCCAGAAGACUGCCACAGCUUUUACAAGUGCAAUGGCGCAACCUGGGUGCGCAUUGAGUGCAUUUAUGGAUACCACUACGACCCACAAGAAGAUAUGUGCAUUUACGGGCCCUGCCCAGGACGCAGAGGCCUAGAACUGCUGAAAUAUUUCUAAGGUAUUGACACCUACGAAGUGUAGAGGUACCCCUGCUUAAGUAAGGCUCCUUUAAUGCUGGGAGUGAAAUGAAAAAUGCACUACGGAAGGCUCAAAAGCUUAUUUCAUCAAAAUAUUACGGAAAUUAGACAUAAUGUACAUGGAUUCAUAAUCUACCUUUACAUUAUUUUUGCUUCAGAGCAUACUUUACCUGGAGAAGAAAAAUUUACGAUUUCUAUACAAGGAAUUUGUUGCAGAUGGGAGGAGCAGGCAUUUAUACCAAAUAUAAUGUUUCAUUCAAAAGAGAUGACGUACGAAAACACUGGAAAGAACAAAUAUUUGAAGGUAGUUCAGACCUCUAUUGAUUUCCCAGGGUUUUCGUAUUAACCUUCGAACAAGAGCGCCGUCUUUUUUUUUUUUUUUUUUUUUGUAUGAAUAGGUCCUUGGGAUAUUCAGUAGUCCACCUUCUAUGAGAAGUUAUAAUUUCUUUAGGAAUCAGUUAAAUAUUUAUAUUUUCCAGUAAUAUUUUAUAUAUUUGUUUCAAAAGCUUUAAUCAGCAUCUAAAUGAAGGGAUUAAUGAUACAGACACGUAAUAAAGGAAAGAAAUACAUUAUUUAACUUAUAAAUGACGAAAGUUAUCUCACAAAUAAUGUAAAAGAAUGUAUACACAUUUUAAUUUUAACUAUUUUAUGUUAACUCUUUACAGUUAUAUUUUACCUACAAUAAAUCAAUUACACAAAAAUAAUAAACGAUGCGUGAGUCAAUCUCCUGUUGAUGACAGGUAACGCACGUAGGCUCUGUAAUCAGACGAGCUUGACAAGUAAACUUACUGCACUUCACACAAA